CUUCUGCCAAUCGAUGCGCCCAGCGCCAAUUUGGCGAUCAACAUCCAUAUAUUCCUUCUUUGUACCUUGAUAUACCGAAUUUUUGUACAUUUUGAGGUUUUAAGAUACACCAAUGUCUCGACGCGUGCCCCUGCCGACCCCGGAGAAGACGCGCACAUGGGCGGAACAGAUGGCUUUAGAGCAGAUUGGCCCUUCGAAGUUCCGCAGCCUGAAUGGAACCCCAUUCGGUGCAUAUUCAAAGGUGAGGGGCCAGAUGAGGCCGCGGGCGUUUGGAGGACAUGUUUAUGCCCAGGCCGUGUACGCUGCGAGCAAGACAGUAGCGAAGGGCAUGAUGAUACACUCUGUGACGGGCUAUUUCACUAUGUUGGGACUUGCUGACGAACCGUUCACGUAUGAGGUGAGCGUGGUAAGGACGGGAAAGAACUACAGCGUUCGUAAUGUCAAUGUCACGCAGGAGGACGAUCCAACCAUUUGCUUCUCAUGCAUCUGCUCCUUCAAGCGCUCAGAGCCGGACUUCAUGAAUGUGCAAGAGGAGCACGACGUGAAGGAGACAUACGCACCUCUUAUGGGCGACAAGGAGCCUCAGGACCUAGACCGCAACGUCAGCCACCUGGACUGGCGCCAAGUACCUGCAGAUGCGUCGCCAUCGAUCACAAGCUUUUUCCCCGGAGUGCUCACCAGCAUCUUGCCCAUAGAGAAGCUUCACCGUGAUCGAAGAUAUCUGGACCGGACGAACCUGUACUUCUUCUCAGCAAACACGGAGCCAUCCGCCGAUCCGGAUUACAACCUGGAGGCGUGCGCGCACCUGUUCCACUCCGACCGGGAGAGCAUCUUUGCCAUCAUCAAGUCGUACGAGCUGGCGGAUGUGCUGGAGGUUGCCUCGAGCUUGAGCCACACGGUCGUGUUCCACGUUCCCGGUGAACAGGUCUCGUUCCAUGACAGGGAGGGCCGCAGACGAUGGUUUUAUCAGGAAACGCAAUCCAAGAGGAUCUCAGACGGGAGGGCGUUGAUGGAAGGCAGAAUCUACAACAGAGACGGCGUUCUCAUCGCGACAAUGAUGCAGGACGGUGCAUUCAAGCUGAAGCCCAUGACCGAAGGGGAGAAGGUACGAAGGGAGAGGAGGCUGAAUAAUCCGCCCAAGUUGUAAAGAUGCCCAGGAUACCCAUAUGCAUUAUGUUCGGUAGACGGCUGAAUUAGACUAGAUGGCUUCACAUCAGCACUGAAUUUCAAGGCUGGCCAUAGAUAUGCUGUUGACGGUGUAAAGAACUCUUCAGCCCUUGACUGGGCACGAUGCUACUGAGAAUCAAAGAAGUCCAGGCCAAGGCAAGAGUAGACUUUUGGAUUGGACGUUACGAAGACCGCACACCAACCGCUUUGUGAAUAGAGGUAUAUAGUUACUUGUCUCUUCAAGCCUGAUCCCGCAAGUCGAUUGGUAUUUU